GGAUAUGAACGCACAGGAAUUACGUUUUGCGCUGCGUUUUGGAAACAAAUCGGAUCGGUUUGAUAAGGUCAUUUCUAUGUUGUUGUUUUUUUUGUUUUUCUUUUAUCAGAGUAAUGAAUGUUUUAUUUCUGGUUCGUUUUUUUUUUUUUUUUGGUUUUACUGUUGUUGUUGUUUUUUUUUUCAUCUUAACAGAGGUGGUGUUACUGAUGAAGAGGAACUGGUGAAAAUGUGAGAUAAUGAAAGGUUUCGUAUAUUUUAUAAAAAUGAUAAUGAAACCCAAACCCAAUUUUAUAUUUUAUUUAGAUGAUUGAUCUACAUUUUCUCCUACAAAUGACCCAGAAAAGUGUCUACCAUUUCUAUUCCUCUUUUACGAAUUGCUUAAUGUACCACAUGAAAAACGUAACACCAAAAACAGAAUAAAAAAUCCAAAACGAAAAACCCAAUAAAAAAAAAUCAAUCAAAAUCUUCAUUUCCUCUUCAUUCAAAAUCACUGUAAGAUAAUGUGUUCGUGCCCCCCCCCCCCCCCCACCAGAUGGCCCUGAACGCGUAAUGGCAGAGAGACGCAUUGUAGUCGACCCUGAGGAGCGCGUGGCCCUGAACUGCUCCGCCAAGGGGAACCCGACGCCUCACAUGGCCUGGACCCGAGACCCGCCCGACCCGAGGUCUGCAAUGUUGGCAUCGGGUGUAGGAGAGGUAAGGCUGGAUAUACCACGGGCAACAGUGGCUGACACCGGGCGCUACCUCUGCCAAGCUUCCAACGUUGUCAAUUCUGCCACCCCGCACGCCACUGCCCUGGUCGUGAGGCGUGAGUAUAUUGCCGUUACGUAACAGCUGGAUUACGCUGUUUGUUUUUUGUGCUCUUCGGUUUUCUUGUCUUCUUAGUCUUUCUUUUCUAUUUUUUUUCUCUCUCUUUUUUCUCUUUGUUUAUUUUUCUUUUCCUUUUAUGUGUUAAUGAACAAAACUUUGCAGGAAUAUUUCUCGUUUUUACGUCACGACUUUGUUCAUUAUUUGCACACGUGUACGUUCUGAUCAUCUCCAGAGGCGCCGUCAGCUGUAGGUGUUCACAACGGCACUAACGCCGGCAGUUCGUGGGCGCUGGUGGGCGGAGAUGGGCGUCUGGAGUGCCGUGUGCGGGCGGCCCCGAAACCGACUUUCAGAUGGAGCACACAGGGUGGCCUCGGUCUUAAGAGCGAGGGGAGAUACUC